AUGCGUAUAUACAUUUCUAGUAAUACUAUCAGUAAUGUUAAAAAUAAUAUCAUAAUACAUACUGACAGUAUUACUUAUCUUUUUUAUUCAAUGUAAAUGCAUUUUCUGGCCCGUAACUACGACACAAUGAACAUCAGUUACAAUAUUAUUGUUGUUGUUGUCAUCACUAUCACAUAACUUUGCUAUAUGGGUAAUAAAUAUUUACCUUUUUAUUUUUCUUUCAUUUAACAAUACACAUAUGAGAUAGCUUUCAUGUAAGUUUGAUCCAAUUCGUUCAUUAUAAAAACAGACUGUUUUUUUAUUUUCCUCUUUUUAUAAACAAAAAAAUAAGUGUUUUCACCAAUGACAAUUCAAGUAUAAUCAUUCAAAUGUUAUCCAUCAAGUCUUGUACAUUUAAUUCGAUUAAACAGCAACCUUUUUCAUUACUCUUAUUCAUCUAGGGGAGAUGGGAAUGGCUUGAACAUAUUUAAUUUAAUUCAGUCAAAGAUAAGCUCGUCAAACAGUAUAUACAUAUAUAUAUCCAAAAAAUAUGUUAAAAACGAUUGAACAUUGAACUCUUCAGCGGUAUGUACACAUCUUAAUUGUAUUACUUGUUUAGGUUAUUUUUUAUACCUUAAGCUUUAUGAUGCAUUGUAAAGUUUGUUUAUCUGAAUUGAAGUGCCAGUUUCAAGUUUAAAAUUUGUACUUGUUAACCUCCAACGCACAAGGUUAUUUCCCACCUUAUCUUUUAAAUUGUGUUGAUUAACCGACGACUAUCAUCUUCAACUACUGAGUAGAUCUCAGUAAACGGUAUUGAAUAUACUGAAUAGUACAAUAAAUCUAUUAAUUUGUUAACAAGCGGCACAGACGAGGACAUCGAAGCAGCCAGGAUAGGAAAGAUAGCAAGACAGACAUUCCUUCAUUAGCCCGAAACCAGUGUGGAGAUCUUCUGCACUCAGCACAAAGAACAAGAUCCCGAUUUUCAACAAUAAUCUCGGUCAAAUCUGUGCUACUACAUAAUUCUGAGACUUGGCGCAUAACGAAAAGCAUUCCAAACAAACUACAGAUAGUCAUCAACAACUGCCCCUACUCUGACGCCUUACUGAAGCUCAGAUGGCCAGAAUAAUAAGAAUAAGCAAGGAGGAACUCUGGCCUGAUAACGAAGCAACUAUGAAUCUAUCGCCCAACAAAUAUGCAGGAGUGGAAGGAAGUGGAGAUGGGUUGAGCAAACACUGAGAAGACGGUUCGUAGACAUCACUUGAGUGCAACCCUGAUGUGAAACGAUAAUUUGGGGAUCCCAGUUGAGGGUGAUGUGGAGGAGAUUGUGUGAGAAAGAAAUGAGAGCUUGUGAGGAGUUGUGGAGUCAGGUUCAAAAGAUUUCAGAGAACAGAGUGGAAUUAAGACGUGUUAGGGAAGUCGCAUAUUCCAAUAGGAACCCAAGAGACAAAUAAUAAUGGUAAUGAUAACGAUAAUAAAUUGACAGGCUUUAUAGAUAUCUUAACUUUUUUCAGUUUAGCUCAAGCGUUACACAUAACAAACAAUUGUCUACGAUGAUGAAAAAUGAUGUCUAAAGGAAAAUUAUGCUGCAACAGAUGGCUAGAAAAUGCUAUGGUACAAAUUUAUAUAGGCAAUGACUAUUCAUUUGAGUUGGAUACCCAACUAUAAAUCAUCUUGAUAAGCUUUUUAAUAUCUCACUUCUAUUAUAAUCUACUGCAAUUGCUUCUUCUACUACUUUAGUCAAGUUUAUUUCAGUUGUUCUUAUUGAUUUCCCCCCCUAUAUUGUGAAGUGUAGUUUUUUUGUUGUUUGAACUAGUGAACUUUUGUACAAGUUUUUGGUUGUUGUUCAUUUUACUCAUUUUUUAGUAAUAUCAUAUCAUAUUGUUGAGUUAACAUAUAUUUUAUGGAAGAUAACAAAAGUUUGUAAUUAGAAAGAAAGAAAUUAGAAGAAUUGAGAACGUGAAAAAAAAAGAGAAAGAGAGGAAAGUCUACUCAACUCAAGUAUGUUAGUUGGUUGGAGGCAAUCGGCAGGAAGCCGUUGACCCAGGUUCCGUGCUUUUUGACACUCUUCAGUAUGGCGUAUUUGCAACCUCGACGGAACUUAUAUCCCGCCUGAAAUCCGAACCCGCGUCACCCAGUGUUGUAGUCAGCGACUUUACCACUAACCUAUUCAGGCAGUGAUUGGCCUCCUGUAGGACUGGCUUACAUGUGUUGGCUGGUCACGGGAGUGUAACUCAUUUCAUGUUGUGUAGUCCUGAGUGCAGACCGAAUCCUGUCUAUUGCUUCCAACCAACUAACAUCUACUAAUGUGCAUCGUGAUGCUGAGUUUCCUAGCUUGGUUGCCACAUUGCAAAUAUAAUCGAUAGGAUUCGGUCUGCACUCAAGACUAGACAACAUGAAAUUGGUUGCACUCCCGUGACCAAUCAGCUCAACUCAAGUAUAUCAAGAAAGUGUCUACUGUUCUGCGUUCCGUUCUGUCUUGUUAUACGACUGUGAAACAUGGCCGCUGAAGAGGUUACAGGUUUUCUAUCACAGUUGUCUUUGUAGUAUUGCUCGUAUUUGGUGGAAACACGGUAUGAACAAUGUUGAAGGGUACUGGGUUCGAUAGGCAAGUCGAUUUGUGAUGUUCUGAACCUUCAUUGGCUGAGGUGACUUGGACAUGUAUUACCUAUCCUAAGUUACCGCCUACAUCCAUAUGUCAUGCUACAGGAACCUGGAUUAAGUUAAACAAGGGUUUAGGAUGGUCAGGCCAAGAUGUGGCACCAGUCGAUAAAGUCUCGUACUGUUGGUCUGAGCCGUGUAGAGAAGUAUAAACUGACCAGUUGAGGUCCAUGACAUCACCCUUGUUGAAAUGGCUGAGAAUAGAUCAUAAUGGUGCAGAUGUGUUCACACUUUGACGUCUUCUAAAGCUUGAAUACUUUGACUAAUAUUUAAUUUAAAAUUACCUAUUCUCUAUUUUGAUAUGAAUCAUUUUCAGUCCAUUUGUUUCUUGAACACUAACUGUUGUGAAGUGUGGUAACUUGAAUCAAUGCACUCAUGUGGAACGUCCUAUGUUGAUUCUGUCUGUGUGUCUAUUAUCAUAUCUUGUUCAAUGAAAAGCAAACUUUUGGAACUAUGAGUGUUUAAAUCUAUACCACUCAUGGGAUUAACCUGUAGAUGGCUAGGAGCAAAAUCCACUGGUGUAUCAGGAUAUUACAUUUAUUAAUAAAUCAAAAGGACUACACCUCAACUACUACUACUACUACUACUACUACUACUACUACUACUACUACUACUACUACUACUACUACUACUACUACUACUACUACUACUACUACUACUCACACUACUACUACUACUACUACUCACACUACUACUACUACUAAUGGUAAAAAUGUUAGUGACCACAUACGCUUUUGCAAUAUUCUAUGGACUAAAUAGGUAGUGCAUGAAGGUUUGUGGUACCUCUGGGUUGGCCAGUUUUAAGGAGUGUAUUGGUGACAAAGUGAAUACAUCCUCAUCAUUGUGACCAAAAUCUAAUCAUUUCAUCAAGAGUCAUCAAGCAGUGAUUCUGGGGACCCCCAGUCAGGUAGUCUACACUUGAUUACAUGGCUCAAGCCAACAAUUAGGUACUUCAUGGACAGGUGUCAUGUCUUAGUUUAGUCAUCGUGAUCUGUCUUCCAAGGUAGGUAGAUACAUUGGUAUUUCCACGGAUUUAGGAUUGAAACUGAAGACGGGCAGUGGUUAGCAGUAGAAUUCAACAUUCCUGUUUCGUCCUUAUUGGAACUCAUCAGCUGGAUAAGUACCACUGUUCCCAUUUAGAAGCAAGCAUAGAAUCCAUUUGUUUAAUCAAAAGAUUUGUUGCACAACUUGACAAAGCUAUUUUAUGUUUUUAUGAAAAGUUUAUUCUCCUUUUUGGAUAUUUUCGAAACAACAUUACCUUCUUAAAUUGUCAUUUACAAAAUGUAAGUAAUUAGUAAUAUUUUGAGGCCUAAGAGAUUACCACAACUUUUAUUACCUUCUCUUAAAUGAAAACUUUAUUCGCUAUCGUAUGCCAUCUAAAGAGGAAAAAAACUUUUAGGAAAGCAAUUCGCUGAUUAGAAUUAAGUUUGUCAUUUUGAUUAUCUGAGAUGGUUUGGUAAACUAGUAUUGAUACUGGAUGGUGGUUGAAGGUGAAAUGGAAGUUUAAACCGCAACCGGAUUCAAACCAGCGACUACCGGGUUUCUAGCUUAGUGCGCCUUCAAUCAUCACGCAGUAUAAAUAAAGGUUAAUCAUUUAUUAGUCUAUGGCAGUCAACUCUCUACCUCAACCUCAUCGACUUUGAAAAGGCCUUCGACAGUGUCAAUAGCGCCGAGAAGUAAUUUGGCAACUGCUUAAACACUACGCCUUCAGUGCCACAAACCUUUACCAAUCUCAUUCAACAAAUAUAUGAAGACACCACAUGCCAAGUAAUUCAUAAUGGGAAGCUCAGUGAUGCCUUU